AUGACUCUGGGGAUCCAUAAAGAGAACAAGUCGCGACUAAGGUCGUUUAGUGGGAACGCAGGGUCUCUUUUGGGGCUUAACAAGCGGAAGAAUAAGCGUAAGGAGAAAGAAAGAGAUAAGAGUUCUCAGUUGCAGACUGGUGAGACUCCAGAGCGAAUUGACGAGGUGAGUGAUGAUUUAUCCGACGGGAGUAGUGAUAAGGUGUUUGUGACUCAAGGUAGUGACGAUGACAGCGAUAUUGCCGGCACAGUUCGGACUGUUAGAACAGCACAGAGACAAUCACCGCAGAAGCAAACACCCCACAAGCACAAGCAGCGGUAUAGCGAUGGGAAUAUAAAUGCGAGUACUGUUUCGAGUGAGAUCAGUAAGCCGAGCUCGAGAUCGCUGAAGAUUUCAACUUCUCUGGCAAAGCUUCAACGCAAGGAAUUAUCGCUGAAUGAUCUGACGUCCCACGCACAAAGCAAUGGCGAGCGUGAACGUGAACGUGAACGUGAUAGAAACGAUCGUAGUAGGUCCACAGACGCUUUCAAUCAAACCGCGAUAUCAAGCGGUGAGAAUACCGAUCCGCUAGGGUCCAGAUUACGUGAUACCGAGGGGAAAAGUCAUUCUGAUGUUCCCUCGACGACCCUGUUUACAAAGUUCAAAUCAUCAAAGACUGAACACCUGACACCUUCUAAAACUAGGAUUGAGGAUACAGAAAGUGGGAUUUUAUCAUCUCUUGUUUCUGCAGCCCACAAUGCCGCAAACCACUUGAUUCCAAAAAAUUCGUUGAAAAGUGCCGGCAGUUUGCACGAUGAAUCGCCCGAUGCUUCGGACAAGCUUCACUCCACUACAUCAUCUGCAGGUGUGGAAACGCCGUUGGAAUCUUUUCACCAUUCUAGCUCCUUUUUAAAUCAUCUGGACUUUCUUUUAGCUGCAAGUCCAAAUAACGAGUUGAUGCUGAAAAGGACAACAACUCUAGACACACUGCACACUUCAGACUCAUCAAACUCUUCGUUUUCACAGCAGUUGACAAGUCCCUCUUCAGCAGCUCCACUAAAUGAUGAUGAAGAGUUGGAAACUUACAAUAGCGAUGAGCUAGGAUCCAUGGGAACGUCUAUAGAAAAGGUCAAAUUCCAUUCGAUUAAGCAAGAUGGCGCUAGCCCCGCUAUUUCCACAUUUGGAAGAGGAAAUCUAACCUUAGAUGCCUUUGAUAACCAAAACAAAUCAAAUGGAAUCGAAUACAAUCUUCCAAACGUUCUCAUAAAUGACCAUCCGGCUAUGAAUGCAAAGUCCCCUUCUCAAAUGUCCUUCCAAAAUUUUGAGAAUGGUACAGACCAAAAUUUGGGCAACACGGCUAAUAAUAAUAACAAUAAUAAUGAUAAUAACAAUACUAAUAGUAAUAAUAUUAAUAAUAACACUACUAUCGCUGCUUCUAAUCCUCCUGAUAGUAUCCCUUCUGAGGCUUCCUCGGUUGAUGUCAGACCAAGAACACCACGGACAUCGAAAAAACGUCCCGAAGGUCUGCGAGAACUCACAAUGAGGUCCUUGUCUCCAGCUGCAGCCACUAGAUUAAUAAAGGCACCAUUUAGAAAUUCAUUUUCUGGAAGAAAUAUGACAAGAGGAAAUAGCAUUUCGAGAUCGAAUGAUAAUGCUCAGAAAAGACUCUCAACAUCAGACAUCCCAACAAAUAAAACCUUUGAACAGCCGGAAUUACAGGGGAUCGAAUACGCAAGCCCCAAACGAAACAGCGAAUUCCACUCAAUAUUCAAAGACACAGUGGUGUCACCUACUGAAAGACUCAUUGCUGAUUAUAGCUGUGCUUUAUCAAAGGAUAUCCUCAUUCAGGGACGAUUGUACAUUUCUGACAAGCAUUUGUGCUUCUAUUCAAAUAUUUUAGGAUGGAUGAAAUCUGUCGUGGUUCCCUUUAAGGAGAUAGCACAGAUAGAACAAAAGAAUACAGCAAUACUAUUCCCGAACGCUAUCUCAAUUCAGACAUUGCAUGAUAAAUACCUGUUUGCUUCCUUCAUCUCCAGAGAUGCAACAUUUGACCUAAUCAUGGAUAUUUGGAACCAAACCAUUAUUAACAAACAACUGAAACCUAACAACGGGAGAGCUGGAUCUAUGGAGUUUUCCCGUGACGACAUAAUGUCAAACAGUGAAGCUUCUAGUAUGAACUUUAACGACGAAGAUGAUGUUGCCGGUGUUUCAAAUGAUCUUGUUUCCACAACUACUCGUGAUUAUUAUAGCGAGGACGAUGAAGAUGAUGAGAGUGAUGGUUUGGAUGAUAUAGAUUCACAAGAAAUGACAUCUGAUUCAGAAGAAGGAUCUUCUAAUUUGGGAACUUCUGAUCAAAAGCGUACUGGACUAUCGAAGACUUCCAGUACUCAGAGUGCUAAUGUGAUUGGACCUCUGCAACAUGCACCAACAACACCAGAUUAUACUCCUAAAGAAAACGAACGUGAAAUGGGUGAAGCAACUUUCAAUGCUCCCCUCGGAACUGUUAUCAAUUUGUUGUAUGGAAAUGAUACUAAGCACUUCGGACGCAUAUUGAAGGCUCAAGGUAACUAUGACAUUUCUCCUAUAGAAGAAAUGUUACAGGCCAAAAAGCGGGAAUACAUUUACACAAAACCAAUCUCUGGAAGUAUUGGGCCUGGUAAAACAACCUGCUUUAUUGAUGAAAACUUUGACAAGUUUGACCUCAAUAAGUAUGUACAGGUAACACAAGCCUCGAAAACACCUGAUAUACCUUCGGGAAACUCUUUUGUUGUCAAGACAGUAUUUUUAUUCUCUUGGGCAGAGAACAACACUACGAAAAUGAAAGUAUAUGCUUAUGUUGACUGGUCUGCUAAGAGCUGGAUCAAAGCAGCAGUUGAAAAAGGUACCUUUGACGGGGUUAAAUCAUCUACCAAGGUGUUCAUUUCUGAACUAGAAAAUAUUAUCGAAGAAAAUAGAGGUAAGAGUAGUCCUUCAUCUGCAUCACAAAAGCUGAAAGAUGUAGAAGUGGAGGAAGUUGUUUCAUCUCUACCUUCAAUGUCACCAAAGGAGCAUGAACCAACAGCCUGUACGUUCGAUAAAUCAAGCGGAUAUGAGAUAAUUGAUGAUAAGAUAAAUUUGAAGGCUCCUGUCGGCACCAUUUUCCAGCUUAUAUGUGGUGAUGACACAUCAUAUGUGAGAAGAAUACUAGAAAGGCAAAAGAACUUUGAUAUAUCAGAGAUACCUCCUUUCAAAGAUAAAACAAGAAAGUACUCAUACACUAAACCACUUUCAGGACCGAUAGGGCCAAAACAAGCCAAGUGCUUCAUAGAGGAGAAGAUCGAGUCUGACGAUAUCAAUACUUGUAUGGUUCUUGAACAGAUAUCGCGGACACCAGGCAUCCCAUCUGGUAAUUCGUUCGAAGUUCAUACUAAGUUUUAUUUCUCAUGGGGAGAAAAGAACUCCACCAACAUGCUUGUGGCUACAAUUGUGGAAUGGAGUGGUAAAAGUUGGAUCAAAUCUGCUGUCGAAAAGGGUUCCAUAAGUGGUCAAAAGGCUGGUAUGCAAGAUAUGGUUGCAGAAUUGAAGGAUAUUCUAGCGUCCGCAACCACUGUUACUAAACGUAGGACAACAGGGCCUAAGAAAAAGGUGGAGAGAACAAAAUCUAAACGGAAGACAAUCACAACUCCACCAGUGGAAGAACACGAGGAAACUGGGGUAAUGGCAAUUGCAGAACAAAUUGGUAAUGUGUUGAAGGACCUUGUUUCUGAUUUACCUCCCGGUGUUUUUAUCAUUGGUGCAUCCAUUAUUUUCAUAUUCUUAUACGUCAUUCCUAGAUUGUAUUCAGGUGUUUUCCCUGCCGCCCAAACGCCACAUUUCAUCGACUCGAAUACAAUUUCUAUGGAUGGCCAAGAGUACUACAUUAUUCCAUCAGUCGGUAAUCGUGCAAUGAUGAACAGACGCUUCACGAACGACAAGCGAGACAAUAAAUAUGUAACUGACUCGGAAUACGACAUAUGGAAAUGGAUCGAUUCCCAUAGUGGAAAAAAUGCAAAUGUAGCAAAUUCCAGCGAAGAGUUUAGCAGUUACUUUAAAUCGAAUGAUGAACCUAAUUUCGAUAAAGCAACUGAGCAUGAAAAACAGUUCUUGAAUGAAAUCAUUCGAAUAACAGAACAAAGGCUUUCAAAGCUUAAACAAGAGGCUAAUAUGGUGGAUUCGGAAGUAUGA